AAACACCUUGUUGUCUUCUAUACUAGGAGCCGAUAGAAUAUUUUAUUUUAUCGAAAUAAAAUACAGUGCAGUUUUGUUUUAUUUACAAAGAUGGCGGACAGACUAACGCAGCUGCAAGACACUGUCAAUCAGCAAGCGGAGCACUUUUGCAAUGCGAUAGGUGUUAUUCAACAAACAUCUUACCCAAGUAAGUUUGCCAAUUUCGACAGAACUGGAUCCCAAACGCCAACUUCUAAUCAACCUCAAGAGGAUUAUGCUCAGCUAUUUGCGCAAUUAAUUGCAAGAUGCGCCAAGGAUAUUGACACUUUAAUUGAAUCAUUACCAAAUGAAGACAGUUCCAUUGAGUUACAAAAUUCUAGCCUUAAGAGACUAGAAAUGGAAAAUCAAGAAACAGCGCUUCAACUUGAAAUUGUGGUACAAAAAGGAGAGCUUUUACUGGAUAAAAUACAGUCAGCUUUAGAAAAUAUUGCUCAAGCUCAGUUAGACAUGCAAACACAUAAAUCCAGUUUUCACUAAAACAAAAUUUAUUACUUUCUAAAAUUAAUAGUUUUUUCAUAACUUAUGUAUUCUUAAUGUUAAUAAUUUAAAUAUUUACAAGUAUAGGUAUAUAUAUAUAUAUAUAUGUAUCUAUAUAUUAUUUAGACUGUUUGUAACUUAAUAUAUUAUCAUUACUCAUAAAAUUACGCAUUUGUCUCAUUUUACAAAGGAAUUGCAAGUAAAAUAAAUAUAGCUAGUAUUUGUAUAUAUAUGUUUGCGUCUGAGUAAACACAAUAAAUUUACAUUUGUCAAAAACUUUUAA